GAAAGGAGUUGAUGAGAGAGAAAAUGAUGAAGCUAAAUGGAAUGACGGUGAGAGUAAUUUGUGGUCAUUCAAACCAAAAAUAAUAUGGGACAAACUCAAAAUAAGGCAAAGAUUUAGAGACGAAGGGAGUAGCCGAGUAAGGCCAAUAGGCAAUAGCUAGUAGGCAUUUGCGCUCGUGUUAUUAAACCUUAUCUUGAGCUCACUAACAAGCUCUACUUUCCCAGUCUCAGGGGGUUUAGGCAACAGAUAAUUCCAGCAAAACAGAGGAACUACCCAAAGCCAGGGUAAAUGGGUUUACAAUAUGCUGCUAGAUUUCAGUACUCACCCUUGGCACUAGAAAGUAGCUUAAAGGUGUGCUCGAUUUCGGGUGGUGAUUUAUCGCUAUCAAAGAGACCCUUUGUUCAAUUUGUGAGGAGGGAGGGGAGGUUUUGCCUUUCGUCGUCGAAACAUCUAGCAAUCUCUUUACCGCGUUGUGAUUUUAGAAGAUGGAGAUGUGGAAUUGGUAGAAAUGAGGACCAAGUGAAGUCUGGUGAUGGGGAUGGUCUCAUGGAUGAAGAUGAGAGGCGCGAGUGGAGAAAAAAGAUUUGGGAUGUGAUUGAUAAGUAUCCUAAUGUUCAAGAAGAGCUUGAUCCCGAGGAGAAGAGGAGGAAGAUGGAGAAGCUUUUAGCUGAGUACCCCCUUGUUGUGGAGGAGGAAGAUCCUGAUUGGCCUGAGGAUGCUGAUGGAAGGGGUUUUGGUUUGGAUCAAUUCUUUAAUAAGAUUAGCAUCAAGAAUGUGAAGAAAAAUGAUGAUGAUGAUGAGGAUUAUGAUAGUGAUAAGGAGAUUGUGUGGCAGGACGAUGAUUAUAUUCGUCCUAUUAAAGAUGUUAGUCAUGUUACCUUGGCAGAAUGGGAGGAGAUGGUGUUCAAGGAUAUCAGUCCUCUAAUUAUUUUGGUGCACAACCGCUAUAAAAGACCAAAAGCAAAUGAACUAUGUCGAGACGAGUUGGAGAGAGCUGUGAAUAUAAUAUGGAACUGCAGGUUACCAUCGCCUAGGUGUGUUGCAAUAGAUGCAGUUGUAGAUUGUGAUCUGGUCUCUGCUUUAAAGGUGUCCAAUUUCCCUGAGCUCAUCUUCACAAAAUCUGGGAAGAUAUUAUAUCGUGAGAAAGCUAUAAGACCAGCUGAUGAAUUGUCAAAGAUCAUGGCAUAUUUUUACUACGGUGCAGCAAAACCACCUUUUUUCAACGUUAUGGAAAACAUUGAUGAAGCUGUUCCAUCAGCUCCUAUUAGCAAUGAAUCUUAGUAACACCGUCAUGAAGGUAAAGAUAGAAGUUUCUCUAGUUUCUCAGUCCUGUUGUAUACAAUGAUGUGAAGCAUGUUAGUUAGGAUCAAGAUACAUUGUUACAUGUAGUUAAAUCUGUACUCUAGCACAUGUGGUACCUCAUCUCUCUUUGAAGUUGAAAAUUAAAAGCAACAACUUUUCCAAUAUUUUCUCUCAUUAAUAUUUUAUUAUUCUUAUCUUCUAUGCUUGCUGUAUCUGGAUUCUAUUGUCUCUGGUAUGAGGAAAUUACAUGCAUUAUCAGUGUUUUCCUUCUUUCUGCUAUGAGUU